AUGCUCUCGCUUCGAACUAUCGUCGUCGGUGCGGCUCUCGCCCUGGCUGGCGUUGCCCAGGCAUGGCACACCGAGUACCCGCCUUGUCUCGAUCCUUUCCAGCCUUAUGUCGCCGCUGGAUGCUUCCAGGAUGGUGUUCAGGGCAGCAACGCUGGUGCACUCAUCUACCGCUCUGGCCAGAACCAGUAUAAUAUGACCGUUGAGAAGUGUGUCGCCGAGUGCAAGGGCAACGGCUUCCGCUAUGCUGGUCUCAAGUACUACGGUGUCUGCUACUGCGGUUCAACUGUCGGCGGUGCCCAGCUCUCUGAUGAUCAGUGCACUUACCCAUGCACUGGUGACAACACUGAAACAUGCGGCAGUGACAACGCUCUCAAUAUCUGGCAGGAUCCUACUUUCAAGACUACCAACCUUGGCGGCGUUAUCACCAACCUUCCCGGAACUGUGCAGUCAAUUGCUGGCUACAAGCCCAAUGGCUGCUACACUGACAGCUCCUCCAAGGGUCGUGCUCUGACCUGGCCCAUGGAUGUCGAUGGCUCGAAAAUGACCCCAACAACCUGCCUGAACGCUUGUGCUGACCAGGGCUUCCCUCUCGCUGGUCUCGAGUACGGUGGUGAAUGCUACUGUGGUAAUGUUCUGGCCAACGAUACUGUCAAGGCCAAUGUUGGUGACUGCAAUGUCCCUUGCAAUGGCGACAAGACCCUGCUCUGUGGUGGACCCAGCCGUCUGAGUGUCUACAUCUCUAUGGAUUUGCUGUCUCUUCAACCUUGUGGUUAUACCCCUGGCAGCUCUUCUUCCUCUUCCUCUUCCUCUCAGUCUUCGACUUCCACCACUUCUGCUUCCACCUCCAGCUCCAGCUCAACCAGCUCCAGCACCUCUAGCACCUCUAGCACCUCUAGCACCUCUAGCUCUUCAAGCUCCAGCUCCAGCUCCAGCUCCAGCUCUACCACAACCUUGAGCACUGUUGUUAGCACUACAACAAACAAUGGACCUUACCCUCCUCCCUCGAGCACCAACGGUCCUAACCCUCCCUCAAGCACCAGCAAUGGUCCUAACCCUCCCUCGAGCACCAACAACGGUCCUAACCCUCCCUCAAGCACCAACAACGGACCCAACCCCCCUGCCGUAAGCACUACCACUACCUCCUGCACCACCACGACCGGUCCUGCUAUGUGCACUUCCACUGUCGUCGUUCCCAACACCUGCGAGUACAAGUGCGGUAAUUGGUGUGCCCCCUCUGUUCCUGAUUUCCAAGACCAGAACAGCUGUCAGACUGCCUACAACAACUGCGCUAAGAACAUUGCUUCUUGCUUCCAGAACGCUGGCUGGCCUGGCGUUCUCAACUGUUUCGACUUCUCUAAGUGGUGCGAUGGCCUUCAGGGUUACUGUGCCUCUACCUGCUCUCGUGGUCGCAACUGCAGCAAGGCUGGCUGCUUCAACAACAACGCUCCCUCUGGUGGUAACAACGUCAAGAGCACUACCAGUGUCUACCCUUGUGCUGCCACUAGCACUUCCACCACUGCUUCUUCUGCUUCCACUUCGUGCGCUCCCCAGCCUACCAACAUUUGCUCGCAGCCCAGCUCCCGCAUCUGGGGUUACGGUCCUGGCAACCCUGUCGGCGGUAUUGAGCUUCCUCUCGUUGCCUGCAACGAUUUGAAGAGCGACUUCUCUCAGAACCCCUUCAAGCUCUACACUGACACAAACUCCAACUCUUGCUCUUCUUACUCCCGCAACCAGCAGUCAAGCGCCUGUGCCGAUGCCUGCAAGACUCAGUACAACGCUUGUCUCAACACCUAUGUUCAGAGCUGCAAGAAGCUCAACACUCGCAGCGAAGGCAACAACUACUUCGAUAAGCGUUCUCACUCUCAUUUCCACAAGCGUGCCCUUGAGAAGUCCGGCAUUGAGCCCCGCUUCUUCAACCUCUUCGGCAACGUUCAGUGGCAGACUGCUCAGUCCAAGUGUGGCAUCCAAUACACUGACUGCCUUCUUGAGAACAAGAACGUUUAUUACAGCAACCGUUGCCAAAACUUUGGCACUGGUGUCUAA